GAAUCCAACUUUCCCUUUUUGCGUCAAAAAAAGUUUUUCGGCUGCAUUGAAUCUCAGAUUCACAUGCCAAAAAGCUGAAAAAAAUGUGCACUGCCACACUUCAAUGUUCUUUAUUUCUAUUAACCAGCAGUCCGACGAAAUGCGGAAACAAUGAAUAAAUCAGAGUGAAUGAAAAACUUGACUUGGAAUUUUAAAACUCCUUUUGGUGUUGACGAGGAAUACGGGGCCUUUUUGGGGGAAUCAAUAUGUCGGAUACCAAAACGAAAGACGCACAGACACCUCCAUUGACGUGGAUCGAUAAGCAGGCGAAUUCGCCCUUCCCGAUUUGGGCUCUUUCAGCAGCAUCGUUCGCUACCGUUCCUAUGGCUGUCAAAAACCUGCCAGGCAUGCCGUCCCUUUUGCAAUCAAUGGCUUUUGGUUGUAUAUUUGCUGGAGCAGGGUACGUGACAAAUGUGGGGGAUCCAGAAAACGGUGCAGGAAUCGCAACAGCUUGGUGUCUUUCAUGGGCAUUUUUAAACGCACGAAAGGCCAUUCGAUCAUGUAAGCCUGUUCCUCUGGCUCUUGUCACUCUCGCGGCAACGGAUGCUUUCAUUUAUGGUCGAAAAACGCUGCAGGUCAAUGGAUACAUCUAGAAGGACUUUAACCAUCCACAUUACGCACGCGAUCAUCAUACCUUUCAUUUAAACCCUCGUGUUUUAACUCGUUUAAGAAAAAUCCCGCCAAAAAGCAUACAGCGAAGAAAGAAAGAAAGCAUAGAGAAAUAAAACAAAAAGGAAAAGGAAAAGGGAAAGGGAAAAAAAAGGAAACUAUGCAAAAGGUCAGCAGUCCGCUUCACAAAAAAGGGUACUUUUUUUCGCUCCCUAAUUUUUUUCCCUCUUCCGUUCCAUUGGUUAUCCGUUUUUCUCUUGCUUUUCACUUGUUCCCUAUUCACUCUUCGUU